AUGAGCAAGCCCGGGGAUUAUGACGCCGUGCGUCGCGACAUUGCCGCCCAGUUGAAGAAGCCUGAUUACGACGACGGCAGUGCGGGUCCCGUGUUUGUGCGGUUGGCAUGGCACUCGGCAGGCACAUACGAUCUGGAGACCGACACGGGCGGCUCGAACGGCGCGGGCAUGCGGUACGAAGCGGAGGGCGGCGACCCGGCGAACGCAGGGCUGCAGCACGGCCGGGCGUUCCUGGAACCCGUGAAGGAGAAACACCCGUGGAUCACGUACUCGGACCUGUGGACGCUGGCGGGCGUGGUGGCGAUCGAGGAGAUGGGCGGGCCGAAGGUGGAAUGGAAGCCCGGGCGGACGGACCUGGUGGACGACAGCAAGGUGCCGCCGCGGGGGCGUCUGCCGGACGGCGCGCAGGGCGCCGACCACCUGCGCUUCAUCUUCUACCGCAUGGGCUUCAACGACCAGGAGAUCGUGGCGCUGGCGGGCGGACAUAACCUGGGCCGGUGCCAUAUCGACCGCAGCGGGUUCCAGGGCCCGUGGGUGAACAACCCGACGCGGUUCUCGAACCAGUUCUUCAAGCUGCUGCUGCGGCUGAAGUGGACGCGCAAGACGCUCGAGAACGGCGUCAGCCAGUUUGUGUAUGUGGAUCCGGACGCGGAGGAGGGCGACGAGCAGCUCAUGAUGCUGCCGACGGAUGUCUCGCUCAUCGAGGACCCCAAGUUCCGCGUGUGGGUGGAGAAGUACGCCGAGGACAAGGACUUGUUCUUCGACCACUUCGCCACGGUGUUUGCGAAGCUGAUCGAGCUGGGCAUUCGCCGCGACGAGAACGGCGUCAUCGUCAACACGGAUAAUGUCAAGGGCGGGUAUGUCUCUGCCCCGAAGAAGAGCAACACGCCCACGGGGCCGGUCAAGGCGCGUCUGUGA